UGAGGUGAUUCCCGCGGAGUCGUCUUUCUCGUCACUGUCUCUGUCGCUGAUUGUGUCGUUGGCUGUGCUCGGGUUAGUCAUCCCGCUCACAAUGAUACUGAUCAUCUGGCGCCGAAAAAGGCGUCCCAAAAGCACCGACGAGAUACUGUACAGCAUCAAAAAGAACCACAAGUGGACUGAGUUCAACACGGCCGAGAGUCGCGCGGUCAUGCGCGAUGUCCAGCGCCGAAGUGGCUGGCUGCCUAAGGAACAGUUCUACAUCUUAGACCAA